AUGAGAGUAGAAGGAAAAUAUCUCGUUCACGUGGCUGUCUUCCAUCCACAAUUUAUAGUCUGCCAUUUUUCUCCUUCUUCCCAUACAGUACAGACACCUCUACAAUCAGAUAAUUUCCCCCAGCUAACCGCCCAUUUCUCCUUCCUCUCUCUACGACAGUUUCGACCAGCUUCCGGCCGUCCUUUUCGUGUUACAAAUAUUGUCUGGUCGAAAAGCUGGGGUUCCCAAAUACAUCAGUACUUGUAUUACAGAUCCGUUAAUCCGCCACCUCGCUUCGGUUAUUCAUCAGGACGCGUCGAUGAUUCGGACGUUUCAAGCUCGUCUGGCAACUCUCUCCAACCCCUCUAUAUCACUCUCCCGAACCUUCUGCAGAAACCAUGGAAGGCUCUCUCUUUAUUUAUUGAGUUUCUUAAACUAAAUUUUUCUUGCAACCACGGAAUCCACGGAAUACCUACCACCUGGCAACAUGUACCAGACAAACCAAACCCCAACGACGUGUCAACGAGAAAGGCUUUUCCUAAGGAAGAAUCUGCUACACACAGCUCUUUUGGUCAAUCUCAUUUUGUAUGCAGUCAGGCCGUAUUGCCUUUUAAAGAAUCACUUGGAGAGGGGUGGCAUGAAGUUUGCGUUGAUAAUGACUUGAAAGAGGGAGAUUUCAUAAAGUUUGAGGUUGUUACUAAUAAAGAGAAACCAAUCUGGAAAUUUCAUGAGGGAAAACCACCUGCAGAUGAACCUCCUAUUCUUCCUCCAUUACCUUUGGUCCUUAAGAAUGAAAAACGCAAAGCACCGUAUGUAACUCCCCAAUCAAAGAAGUUUGAGUACAGGGACUGGGAUUGUGACCGAGAAUGUGACAGAGACUAUGAUCUUAUGCAUCCUCCUGGCAGUCACAAGAAAGAUUUUGCUGCUCCUGUUGAUGUUGAACAACCUAUUGAUUCAAAUGAACCCACCUACUGUGUUUGCAAUCAGGCCAAGUUUCUCAAAGUUUGUGGAACCUUAACCGAUACCCCUACUGAAAUUCGUAACUGCUCAAUGAAAUGCAAAAACCACCUAGCUACCAUGAAAGAAGUUGAUCCCUUAAAAUUCAGUUCGUGACCCUCUGGUACAACAUAGCAGAAGCUCAACUCAAAUUCACUAUCUGAUCAGCCCACACUUGCCAAGAUUGAUGGAGUAAGAUGCAUUCUGGUUCCCUGGUGCAUACGCCUAGCAGCCAUGAGAUGCUCUCAUUGGAGGAACACCUUGAGAUAGCUCAGCAGAUCUGAACCACACGGAUGCAAAUAAUGUCAAGCUUGAAUGACUUGAUCUUGGGUACAAGAUUCUUAUAAUUUGGCUCUAAUGAGGACGUAUAGAUCAGAAACUAAUGUUGCUAAUUGGAGGAAGUAGGAAACUAGAGCAGUUCAGAAGUCAUCUUCGACCAGACUGCAUUACAGUGACAUGCGGAAAUGGCGUGAUAGCUACUGUGUUGGAGAUGAUCCCGAUGCUGGCCUUGUUAGCUAGAGCAGAGACAAAAGUCAAAAGAAUUACAGAAAUCAAUUAAACUUCUGAAGGAUACAAGUGUAAAGUUGGAGGUGCAACAUUUUUUUCCCUGGUUUAAUGUUAUGAUUCGUUAACUUAUUUAAUCUUUUUUUUUUUUUUUUUGGUUUGGAUUGAUCCAUUUUAACUGGUAUGCUUGGGGAGCAAAUGUUUGUUAAGCUGGAAAAGUUAGUGAUAUUCUUAGUGCCAUGUAGUCAGCGCACAAGAUAGAAAGGCAAGCUGCAGGUUUGCAAUUAAAAGGGGGAGGACCAGAGAUAGGGAUGAUGAUGAACGUCAUCGAACUCGAGAUUAUGACCAGUAAGAGCUAUAGCAUUUAAUGGGAACUUAUUGGAGCAGCUCAAGAUUACUGAACUUAAGAGGUAUCCGGAAACACGAGAGCCAUUGGAACACCUUGAAGAUGCAUUAAGGAGGUCUUAUAUAUUAGUCAAGAGCUGCCAGGACAAAUUAUUGGUCAAUCUUCUGCUCGAGCAUUAAAAAUUAACUGAAAUUUGUAAUAAUUUCAGGUUUGGAUCCUUUGUAAUGAUUGUGGAAUUACCUCAGAAAUGCAAUUUCACUUUGUGGUCCAGAAGUGUCCAUGUUACAGAUCUUACACCACCUGCCAAACAAGAGGCAGAUAGAGGGAUCGAAUAUCAACAGUUGGUCUGGAUUUUAUGUGAAAAUGAUCCCACACCCGAAGUGGAUGGAGUGGGAAGACAUUGAGCUUUUCAAAGCUAAGCUUGCAAAAGGAACUCUAGAAGGAGAAAGGGUUCUAAUACGAUCUUGCUUGUAGCUCUUGUGGGGUUAUUGUGUUUUCGCAUUCUUCAUUUUAUUCACUGUUACCUGUAGUAUGUGUGGCUAGCCUAAGAUUGAAGGCCCUGAUUAUUUGUUCAGUGUUGGCUCAGAGUGCCUGUAGCUUGCCUGUAAAAAUGUUGCAAAUGAUACAUCAGAUGCUGGAGCACGUAUAAAUAGCCAUAUGAAUUCUUUCUUUUA